AGUAGUAUUUUUGAUUUUUGAUUUAUUUAUUUAUGAUUUCUCUUACUUUUUGUUGCAAAGACCGUUGGGAGUCCACUAACAAAUUUUUUCUUUGAAAUAAGCUUCUCUACGUUUAGAAAACUUCUGAGGUUCUUUUCUCAAAUAUUCUAGAAUUAUCGUUACUGGUAAAGUUUUUCUACUUGUUACUCUAUUUCUCUUCCACUUUCAGGUUUCUAUUUCCUUGCGUUAGCUUUUUUUAUGUAGUGAAAUGGGUGCGGAGGAGAAGAAGGAACUGAGCGUCGUCGAAGUUGAGGCGAGUUGCACGACGGAGUUCAGAUCCUACGGCGACGAUGCGUGGUACUCGGUAACCGUUUCCGUGGAGGGAGAAACUCUGAGAGUGAAGUACCUGAACUUCUCUGAAGACGUAGAUAAUCUCUUCAAACCCACGGAUUUCCAAUCUUUGGAGGAACUUGAGGAGUUUGAGGAACGGUUCAGACCUGUCUCCAAACAGCUUCAAGACAAUGAGUGUCGCCAACUCGUUAGAGACACCAGGGUCUGCGCUUGCUACCGUUUCCGAAACGACGACGUUCGCUUCUACGACGCUGAAGUUCAUGAGGUGCGAAAAAACAAGCAUUCUUACAAAGCAGGAGAGGAGUUGUGCUUGUGCACCUUUAUACUUUGCUGGUUACAUGGGCCAAAUAUUGGAAAUUUGAAUGCUACAACUGUUGAGAAUAUUUGCGUAGUUCAGCCUGCAUUGGACCAGGAUCCUGCAGUGGCUUCAUUCCUGAAGAUGGCUAGGGAGAGAACAGAAUUUGUGUCUUCUUGUUCUAUUUCAAUGUCAAAGGGAGUUUCUGGAUUGGAAAUGGUAGCACAAUGCAAAGAAGGCUCACCCGCUGCUUGUAGACCAGAUUAUUUGGACCCAAUACAGAAGGAAAAACAAUGUGCCAAGCGGUCUCUUGUUAGAGUUUGUUCACCUGAAGUCAGCUGUCUUGACAGAAGAAUGGAAGAUAUUGAUCUUGGAGGAAUAAAAAACGUGUGCAUGAUAUUGAUUGGGAAUCUUGAUAAAGAGUUAUGUCCAUCAACAGUUACAGAAUUCUUACGUAGACAUACUUCUGUAUCACCUAGAGUCUUCAUUUUCCCAAGUCUGUCAUCCGAGAUAUAUACCAGGGGGGCCAUUAUCUUGGAUUCUAAAAAAGAUUUCCAAAAGCUAUGUGACUUUUUGGAUAAUCCCAACCACAUCAUAACAUCUUCAACUGGCAGACCCUGGGUGAUAAUUGAAAAACUAGCGGGGCUCAAAAAAAUUAAAGCAUCAAUAGGAACAUUGGUGCCUAUAUCUAAGAAAAUGUUACCGAAGGGAAAGAGGGGAACAAGCAGCAUUUUGAAGGUUGUUGGUUUAGGAACUCAAGAAUUCAAGAUAGCAAGUGAUCUUAAGGAAUUGUUUUUGGAAUUUUCUGAUCACCAAAAGCGGCUACACAAGAAGCUUGUCCUAGAGGAGAGAAGGAUAUGCGCAGCUAAGAUUGUGAAUCUGCUGUGUUUGGACUUUGAGCUGUGGACUCUUGGCCUUGGGUGUUAGCUUGCAAGGUUCCGGUAGUUUGGUGACUGAUGCCUCUAGCGGCAGGAGGCC